AUGGCUAGUUGGUUCAUCAUUAACUUCGCUCUGGCAGCUUUGUGCCACUACGCACAUGUAGGCGCUACAUAUCUUCACAAUCAACCCUACCAACGCGAUCAUAUGAAUCUACAUCGAACAAUUUUCUCAAGACAAGAGGACGGUUCUGAGCCGACCGCUCUUUUCCUUGCUGAUAACCUCCUCAUGUUCUCGGCUGGCUGUGCCAGUGCCCUAGCCGCAACCAUUAAUUGUACAGAAUCUAUCCGGGAGGAAGAAUUCUUGUACACAUGGGGGGGCAUGUCAGCCGAUGAACUGGCCGCUCUUUGUACUGACUCCUGCAGAGACUCCAUUGUAGAUCAUCGUGCAAAUGUUGCCCAGGAAUGUGCGGACGAUAUCUACGUGGAUCCUCCAGAGAAGAACAUCACGGACUAUGUGUACGGUACUUCAACAACUAAUGACGUCUAUGGAAUGGAGGGAAAGACUGUAAAUCCCUUGGCGCUGGUCGAUUACUAUUUUCUUAACUACAACCUUCUCUGCCUGAAAGAUAUAACCGGUGAUUUUUGCUAUCUCUCUACCGCAAACGGGACCAACGGCACAGUAGACGACUGUGGUCCAUGUGAGCUUGAUGCUUUCCGAUUGCAGAUGGAAGAUGAGCGUGCCUAUGAUGCAGGACUCGCUGAGCAAUAUUCUUCUGCUGUAUCUUCUUGUGGUAUAACGGCGGCUCCCCUGGCCACACCAACCUCCAGUUUUCAAAACAACAAUAUUACGUUGAGUGAGAAUAUCACAUUCUCAUGCACUGGUACCUACGUCCCAGUUGAGACCGGCACGACUUGUGAUCAGUUUGCCGAAGCCAACAGCAUGUCCACUGAUCAGCUGCUUAAUAUCAACAACCUAGCCGGUGGUUGUGCUGACUGGCCUGGCGACCAAACCGAACUAUGUGUUCAGGAUAAAUGCACACCAUACACCGUCCAAGAAGGCGACACCUGCGUCUCAGUCUCAAAUGUAGCCCAAAUCACAGUCGUUCAGCUAGUCACAUGGAAUCCUUCUAUAGAUCCACUGUGCAUGAACUGGAACUCAAAGGUCGGCCACGUUAUCUGCCUUAGCAGCCCAUUUGGAUACGUGUUCCCCAACGAGACAAUCAACGAUGACUCUGGGUACGCACCAAUAACCACCGCAGCACCCGUGCCCACAGAUGCCAUGACUGAGUCCAACCAUUACUGCGGUACCUGGUAUUUGGUGCAAAAAGAUGAGUAUUGCCAGUUGAUUGCCACCAAGAACGGGAUCACCCUGUCUGAUUUUUACUUUCUCAACCCCGAGAUUGAUUCAAAUUGCACAAACUUAUGGGCCGACGCCAGCUACUGUGUUGCUCCCGUGGGCACCAUAACGACCUAUGAUGGAUACUACGGAAGCAGUACAGCAUCCAAUACUGGAACUCCAACGACACUCAACACGGCAACGUUGUCAACAGUCUCCGCAGCUACAUACGCCGCGCCAACUGCAACAGGGUUCCCUCUCGCAAAUUUAUCAAUUGCCAGUUGCUACGCUGUCUUCCAGAACUCGUAUGGCUCCAUCUACUGCGAGGCCGUGACCAAAAUGUAUAGUGUAGCUUUAGCCGACUUUCUCCGAUGGAAUCCCAGCAUCCUCAACGGAGCUGAUUACGAUGCCGAGACAUGCGUGUUGCAAAACGCCACCGCCUAUUGUGCGUCAUACUACAACACAAGUCUGGCCGCCACGACCACCUCAGCGUCAUGGGCUGUUAUUACAGCACCCGCCAACGCAGCGCCAAGCUCAACCACUGACUGUGUGGAUUGGUAUACAACACAGCUUUACGAUACAUGUACCACUGUUUUACAGAUGAACGACAUCCCAUUUUCGCUUUUUUAUGAGUGGAACCCUGCCAUUGGAUCUAAUUGUGAGAACUUGUGGCUGAAUACUUCAUACUGUGUCGCUGGUCCUGGCUGGGAUGAUGAGGACGCUCAUUACUAUACGGGUACCGACGCUGGAACGGCGACGAGCACCGGGACCGUGACUUCGACCUCCGGACCUCCAGGCCCGACGCAAACGGGUAUCACAGCUGAUUGCAACAAAUGGUAUGUCGCACAGGCCGGAGACGGUUGCUAUGACAUUGCAGCAGACAAUGGAAUCACUCUCGACCAAUUUUACUCAUGGAAUCCCGCCGUUGGAUCCAAUUGCGAGAACCUCUGGCCAGAUGAAGCGUACUGUAUUGGUGUCUCGAGUAGUAGUAGCACGACCACCACGCCAACAUCAACGACCACGCCAUCCACAACAACAAGUGCAACUCAAACCAGCGUCACCCCGCCUGGACCAACCCAGAGCGGAAUACCUGCAAACUGCAACCUGUAUGCCGUCGCCACAGGAGGUGGCUGUUAUGACUUUGCCGCUGCCAAUAAUAUCACGCUUGACCAACUGUACGAAUGGAAUCCGGUCUUGAAUAAUGACUGCGAAAAUUUCUGGGCUGAGGAGGCGUACUGCGUGGGAGUUUCCGGUUAG